GGAAGGUAAGCACCCUUCGUGCCGCUUCUUACUGGCUGAUGCAAGGCAGGAGCGCUCUCAACAUAAAAGGGAACGCUCCUGCCUGUCCUUACUCACAAUAUUACUCUCUCCAUCUACAGCAGAGAACCUCAAGUGAUCGUCCACAUCAAUCUUUCUACGACCAACCUCAUCACUCGAUUCCUGAUCUAUCAUCAUCAUCAUGCACUUCUUCGCUCUCACAUCAGCCAUCUUCGUUGCCGUGGCUAGCCCUGUAUUGGCAGCCUUCGCGACAGUCCAGAACAACUGUGCCGAGCCUGUCUGGAUCACCAUCACCAAUACGACUUUUCAGCCCGUCCAAUAUCAAAUUGCAACCAACGGGACCUACACGCAGUGGCGCGUUGGCACUGGCAAUGCCUAUGGGUUGAGCAAGACAUCGGCCUACUUUUCCACAUCCACACCCAAGUUCACUCUCGGCUUCAGCGACUCCCCCCAGGAUUCACUGCUCUACUGGUCAGUCAUCAACGCCAACGGUGAUCCGUUUGCUGGUGAAGCUUGGCGCAUCUCGCUGUCUGAUCCCGCUUGUACUCCCAACCCCCUUACCGGUUACGACGGAGGCAAAAUCCACGCUUGCGGAGUCGCCAACAAUCUCACUGUAACUCUCUGCUAGGUGCCCGUGGUUCUGCCAGUCCUGGGAGAUUGGCGUUGGUAUCAUGUGCCUACCGGGUUGUUGAAGGUGUUCUAUUCGGCUUUAGGUUGGUUAGGGUACCUAUUCGUCUGAGCCGCAGCCCACGGACCGGGUGAUACAAGUCCUCCUCUGUAGUGGUAUCGUUUCGCACAUCUUCACUCCUUGGUACAUCCUACAUCACGUUCGAACACUCAGAUAUUUGCUAUUAUGAUAUCACAACAUGAAGACAGAAUGCAUUCAUGACCACGAUGUAAGCAAUAUGUUGAGGUACAACAUAAUGAAUGUUGGAGGAAGGACAUUAUCUACACCUUUUCUUAAGGAGGACCAAAAGACCAUAUGCCAAAACACGGUACACCGUGCCAAUGACAAGAAUCAG